AUGAAUGUUUCUAUGCCACGUUGUUGUCGACGAUACCUAUGUAUCAUUUCAAGUGUAUUCUUUUCAUUGAUUUUAUUUAUUUAUAUUCAGUAUUUUCAAUAUUUAUCGAAUAAUGAAAAUCUUAAUCAACCAGCUUAUUGCAAUCAAACAAUUAUUCGUAAACAUUUUAUGCAAAAUAAAAGUCCUCAAGAAUUAUUUGAAGAAAAUCCAAGUCAAUCAACUUUUACUUAUGAAAUACAUAAUGGAAAUUUUUGUUUGUCUUUACGACCGCAUGCUCUUGUAUUUGUAAUCUCAAAGUCAAAUAAUUUUGAUUCACGUAAUGCUAUUCGUCGAACAUGGGGUAACUUUGCUCAUAUAAGUUCUCUUAACAAAUUUUCUCAUGUUCGUUUAAAACUCCUUUUUCUCAUUGACAUCGAUGAAUCUCGUUUAUUGAGUAUCAAAUUGGAACAAAGACUAUAUCACGAUAUUGUUCAAGUUCGACUACCUCAAUAUUACUCAUUAUCAACAUAUCGAGAUAUGGCUAUAUUACAUUGGACAGAUAAAUAUUGUUCAAAAGCUAUGACAACUGUAAAAACCGAUGAUGAUAUUUUUCUUAAUACAUAUCUAUUAGCCAAUAUAAUCAAUACUAUUCGUAUUAACACAACAAUUCAUAAAACAAAACUUCAGUGUAGUUAUUCAGAUACAUCAGCAAUUAUCUAUGGCAAUUUAUUUAAACAAGCACCAGUAGUUCGAUCUUCUUCUAAUCCGAUUCAAGAAGGUACACGUUAUAUCACUACGAAUACUGAAUAUCCAUGUAGCCACUAUCCAAAUUAUAUGAGUGGUUUUGGUUACAUUGUUAAUCGGAAUGCACGUUCAAAACUCCUUUGUACAUUUUUUCGAGAUAAAUUACCUUUUCAUAUGUCCGAUGUGUAUGUAACUGGCAUUAUACCAGAAUAUGUUGAUAUCAAACGACAAAAUUUAGAUUUAUUAAUAAGCUAUCGAUCGGAUGAUGAUUGUGAAAAUUUUUUUAAAGAACGUAAUCCAAAUAGUUAUGCAUGUGCAUCAUCAUUACAUUAUAAUCAAAAACAAAUGAAUAUAUUUGAACGAUUUAAUACUUAUUGGCAACAUGUUUAUGAAAAUAAAUUUUUAUAUAUAAAUCACAAGAUUAUUUUAUCUAAAAAAUAA